AUGGGAAUCAAAGCCGGGCCCCUUCUAAUAGCUACAGUUGUUGCUGGUGCCUCUGGUGGAAUUGGACAGCCAUUAUCCCUCCUCCUCAAGACCUCCCCACUCAUCACCGAGUUGGCAUUAUACGAUGUAGUCAACACCCCAGGUGUCGCCGCCGAUCUCUCGCACAUCUCCUCGCCUGCUAAAAUCACCGGCUACCUCCCCAAGGACGAUGGUGCCAAGCUGGCUUUCACCGGUGCAGACAUCGUUGUCAUACCAGCUGGAAUUCCCCGCAAGCCAGGAAUGACCCGUGAUGAUCUCUUCAACAUCAACGCUGGCAUCGUCAAGGGCCUCAUCGAAAUCAUCGCCGAUGUCGCACCCAAAGCCUACAUCCUCAUCAUCUCCAACCCCGUCAACUCGACCGUCCCAAUCGCCGCCGAGGUUCUCAAGGCCAAGGGAGUCUUUGACCCCAAGCGUCUCUUUGGUGUCACUACCCUUGAUGUCGUCCGUGCCGAGACCUUCGUCUCCGAGAUCAUUGGCGAGGCAAACCCACAAUCCCUCAACAUUCCAGUCAUUGGUGGUCACUCAGGGGAGACCAUUGUGCCACUCUUCAGCCAGGCCAAGCCUAGCGUUAAGAUCCCAGCCGACAAGUUGGCUGAUUUGAUCAAGCGUGUGCAGUUUGGUGGUGACGAGGUUGUGAAGGCAAAGGAUGGUGCCGGAUCUGCUACUUUGUCUAUGGCUUAUGCAGGCUUCCGCUUUGCUGAAGCAGUCCUGAAGGGUCUCAGCGGCGAGAAGGGCAUCAUUACCCCUACUUUCGUCUACCUAAAAGGUAUUCCCGGUGGUGAUGCAAUCGCCAAGGAGACUGGCUUGGACUUCUUCUCCGUUCCAGUUGAGUUGGGCACCACCGGAGCCGAAAAGGCCCAGAACCCCCUCGCAAACCUCGACGACGGCGAGAAGACCCUCCUUAAAGCCUGCGUGGAAGGCUUGAAAGGCAACAUCGCCAAGGGUGUAGAGUUCGCCCACAACCCACCUCAAAAGUAG